AUGAAGCGCGACAUCAGAGACUAUGCCUUCCCCCAACGCUCCACCGAGGGCAACUACGCCGACAACCUGGAGACCGACGUGCUGAUCGUCGGGGCCGGCUUCAGUGGCAUCUACAUUCUGCACGAGCUGCGCAAGCUGGGCCUCAAGACGGUCAUCUACGAGGCCAGUAACGAGAUCGGCGGCACCUGGCGGUGGAACUGCUACCCGGGGGCGCGGGUCGACUCCAAAGUGCCCCUGUACCAGCUCUCCAUCCCGGAGACCUACAAGGACUGGACUUGGACAACCAACUACCCCGACUUCAACGAACUGCGCGCCUACUUUGCGCACGUCGACAAGGUGCUCUCCAUCAGCAAGCACGUCGCCUUCGGCAGCACGGUGAUCGACGCACACUUCAACCAAACCACGUCCCGCUGGACCAUCAAAACCAAGGACGGCCGCACCGCCACCGCCAAAUACUUCAUCGUCGCCGCCGGCGUGUCCGCGAAGCCCUACAUCCCCGACUACACGGGCAUCGACUCCUUCCGGGGCGAAAUCCACCACACCUCCUUCUGGCCGCAAGAGGACGUCGACAUCCGCGGCAAACGCUGCGCCAUCAUCGGCACCGGCGCGUCAGGCAUCCAAGUCACCCAAGCCUGGGGGCCCGUGGCCUCAUCGCUCAAGGUCUUCCAACGCACCCCCAACUACGCGAUCCCGAUGCGCAAGGUCGACCUCACGGCGGAAGAGCAAAACAACCAAAAGCCCCUGUACCCGCAGCUCUUCGAGAUGCGCGAGAAGACCUUCACCGGCUUCCUGUGCGAGUUCACCGAGCGUCUCACCUGCGAAGACAGCCCCGAGGAGCGCGAGGCGUUCUACGAGAGCCGGUGGGAGGCGGGCGGGUUCGACUUCUCGACGGCGAACUACAAGGACGCGCUGCUGUUCCCGGACUCCAACCGCCUGCUGUACAACUUCUGGGCCAAGAAGGUGCGGGCGCGCGUCGACGAUCCCAAGGUCAAGGAUCUGGUCGCGCCGCUGGAGCCGCGCUACUUCUUCGGCGCAAAGCGCUCCUCCCUCGAGAUCAACUACUACGAGCAGUUCAACCGCCCGUCCGUCAGCCUGGUCGACAUCCACGCCAACCCCAUCGCCGAAAUCACCGAAACCGGCAUCCGUCUCCAGGACGGCACCCUCCACGAAGUCGACGUCAUCUGUCUCGCCACGGGCUUCGACACCACCACCGGCAGCAUGACCAACAUGGGUCUGCGCAGCGUCACCGGCUCAACCCUGGCCGAUGACUGGAAGGCCGGCGCCCACACGUACCUCGGCCUGACCGUCUCGGGCUACCCCAACAUGUUCCACCUGUUCGGCACCCACGGCCCCACCUUGUUCAGCAACGCGCCCACCACCAUCGAGAUCCAGGGCCGCUGGAUCCGCGACGCCAUCAAGCACAUGGAGCGCCAGGGCAUCGCGAGCAUUAACCCGACCGAGGCCGCGUGUCGCACCUGGAAGAAGCAGAUCACCGCCUUCUCGAAGGCCAGUCUCUUCCCCACCACCUCGUCCACCUACAUGGGCGGUGGUAUCCCCGGGAAGGCGUACGAGUUGGUCUCAUAUCCCGGGGGUCAGCCCCUGUAUGCCAGGCAGAUUCAUGAUGCCUUGCCCGCGUUCGCUGGGUUUGAGGUCCGGAAGAACGAUGGAGAGACGGCCACGAAUAAGGAGCCGCAUACCAUUGAUGCCACGACGGACUUUUUGUUGAGAUUGUUUGGGAUGCCCCCGUUGGAGGAGUAG